AUGGACUGUGGCGCGCGGCGGCGGGCCCCGCUUCCCCGCAGGCGGCGCGCUCCGUCGCCAGAUCAGGCGGCACUGGCUUGGUGGGGGGGCGGGGGCGGGCCCUCCACCUGGCAGGAGCGUCCUGGCCUCUCGGGCGAGGCCCCCGCGCCCGCGCAGCCCCGGGCCCGCGCGGAGCCCUACGGCGGCGGCGGCGGCCGACGCCGGGAGAAGGCGCGCCCAGUCGCCGGCGCCGAGCAGGCGGCGAGCGGCGGCCACGCGCAGAGGGGGGUAGUGGAGCGCGCUCGCCCAGAGCGGGCAGCGGGCGACGGCCCGCGCGGCGCGGGCGGGCCCGGCGCCGUCGCCGACGUCGCCGACGUGGACGCCCCGAGCAGCGGCUCCGGCGCGGGCGCUGGCGGCGCUGGGCCCGUGGCGGUCGGCGGCCGGCGCGGCGAGGCGGGCGCGCCCGACGGCUCGAAGACCAGCGGGGGCAGUGGCACGGCGGCAAGGCCCGCCUCGUAG